ACUGGUACUUAUCGUACUGUACCUACGUAAUUGCUAUUACUGUUUUUUAGUAAUUUCAUUUUGUUGUUUAUUUUUGUCUGGUGUACAUUACGAUUAUAGUUUUGUUAUAGUACAAUGUUUAAUUUUUGUGUCUUAAAUAUUUUCAUUGAUACCAUGUUUCCAUCAUAUCAGUGUUGUCUGAAGGUGAAUGAACCACAGACAGUGUCCUGAACACUGUUUUCUCUAAGUUAUAUAUAAUUUAUUUAUAUAUUUAGUUUAUUUUCUUUAACUGAUUUUUACGUCACUGUACCUUGUCUGAUAAUCUUAUCUCUUCUGCUCAUGAUAAAUUAUUUAGUCUUAAAUCCCAGUUGAUACAGAGUUUUUACUUAAAGUUUUAUUUUAUAAGUAUCAAAUUUUUCUCAAUUAUAUUUCCAAAAUGGGUUCUAGUGACCCUAAAAUUAAAGAUGGAUUAACUCUUCCUGUGUGGAUGAAGACAAGACCAACAAAAGAGUUUGAACCAUUUGCGUCAUCGCCUCCGGCUCCAGAAGAUUCAUUUUUCUACAUACGUUAUCCAAAAUCGGACGUUCUCCUCGGCAAGACGAAAAUUGACCAUAAUAUCACGGCUAUUGUCAGCGAUCAGACCAACGAAGUUACAGCAGCAUCCUCUUACAGCGCUAUUAAAGAAAAAGAUUGGUCAAAACACACCAAACCCUGCCAGGACGUGCUUCAUGGCAUUGCGCCAAUCAAUACAGCUGUGAAUUCUAUAACAUCUAAGCCGAAACCAGCAGGCACUGAUGAUGGUUUCAAGGGUGAAGGUGCAGCUUGUGGCACUUCUGUUGUCAAGGUGGCACACCAGAUGAUAUCGUCGAGUCGUUCAAACCGCGGCUUCACAAUAGCGUCGCCGGCCGACGACAACACUACUCCGGAAGGAUCGUACCGGGCAGGUCGUCGCGGUAGCAGGAGUUUACCUGCUACACCAGUGCACUCCCCUAACUCAAGUCCGACUAGUCGCCGUAAAAUGGGCGGCAAUAGGUUUUUCACGUCACCUUACGAGCCUAUGGAGGACUCAUCCAACCGCUCCUGGCUGACAAUGGCGUUGCUUGGUUUCAAGAAAGAUUUAACUACAUCUACUUCAACACUAGCUGAAGAGGAUGCUUUAGAAACUAGGUUGAAAGGUAACCUCGCGGAGUCUGUCGAAAGUCUCGGUCCGGCCCCGAAAGGCAAGGAUGCGAAGUUAAUUUCACCUGAGACAUCCUCUCAACAACCAAAAUUGUUGAAACAGGGUAGUUCUUUCCGCCCUAAGCCCUCAGAACUACGAGAAAUGAACUUUUGGUCACCCACAUCUAUGUAAAUUUUACAACAAUUUACAGUAAUGUAAUGUAAUAGAUACAAUUUACACUAGUAUAAUAGUAGUCAUAUAAAACAACACAAUCUGAUAAAGAUAAAGCAUCUGCUAUCAUUAAUUAUUAUGUUAUUUGCUAGAAUUAACCAAAAGAUGGGAAUUUUAGCAAGUACCACGUGUUACCUACAUUAUUUAAACUCUGAGACUGUUCUUGAUUUGUGAAUUAAUUAACUUGCAUGCUUAUACAUAAAUUAUUUAAUAUAACUUCGAUCGUGGAUUGAAAACUUAUUUAAAACUAGCCUUUUAUUACCUGAAUCAUCAUUGCACAAUUGUAUCUUGACUAAAGACAUAUGUCUGGUUGCUCGAGGUUAUUUCCUAUGUAUGCUAAUGUCCUGGGGAGAACACCAGGUUAUUAAUUGACUAUUAUCAUGCGGCCAAAUGGUUUAGUAUAGAGAUUUAAUUGUAGUGUUUAAAGUUAUUUUGUUGUAAUUAUAUAAUAACAAACCAACAUCAUUUAUGAAAAUGUAAUUUAAGAUGUUCAAAAAUGUGUUCCAUUUUAAUAUUCCAUUAUUUGUAAGGCAUUAUACAGUAUGUCGUUAUUAUUAAUCAGUUUCAUUACUUACAAUAGUCGUGUAUAUAAUUGAUAAAUUCAUAAGACAUCAUAAUAUGUUUUUUUCAUCUGUAAAAUUAAUCCUAACUUUACUACUUCUUAAUAUUAUGUCCAAAUAUUUUGUUAAUAUAUGUACCUAACACCUUUAUAGAAUAUCAUUUGAUAUUUGGGCAUAAUAUAAUCUGUAGCAUGUAGGAACUAUAACGUUUUGUUCUAAUGUUUAAUAAUUGGAGAUGUUUGAUGUAGCUAAUGCUUGCUUCUUAUUGUUCGUUUAUCAGGGGAAUUUGACAAUCUCUUCGCCUACUUCAGUGGGAGAUGGGCGUGAUGUAUGGAUGCAUGUAUAUGGAUGUAUGAGAUUUACCAUGUCCUAAAUGUAUUUGAUAUUGAGAUGGUUUAAACAAAAGUUGUCACUUUUGAUCUGAAAGUAUUAUGUAGACGAUAAUGUUGUGUAAUUUACUAAUUUUGUUUGAAAGGUUUAAGCGAUCUUAAUUAUUUUGAGCAGAAGAAAUAAUGAUUAUAUACUUCUUAUAUUAGGGUAAGACUUUCUGUUAUUUGUCAUAUUUAUAUUAAUUUCUAUAGAGUAAUAAUGAAAUUAAAAAAACCUUUAUAUUUAA